CCCGCCGCCCCGCGCGGCGACUCCGCCGGCGCCCGCCCCGCCCCGCCCCGCGCGCUCGCGGCCCCCCGGGGCGGCCGCCGGGAGAGAUGCUGCAAGAAACUUCUUAAAUGACCGCGUCCGGCUGGCCGUGGAGCGUUUCUGGGUUGGGGAGAGGAAAGGAAAGUGGAAAAAAACUGAGAACUUCCUGAUCUCUCUCGCUGUGAGACAUGUCUGAGACUCCUGCUCAGUGUAGCAUUAAGGUAACCUUCACGGCAACAUCUAGACUGGUAUUUGACCACAUAUCUGGCUUCCAUGGCCUGGCCACGUCGACACGUAAAAUUCACCCUCACACCAGCUCUCAGGGCUUUUAUGAGGAUCAACUAUUCGAUUAGGAGCCUGCUGAAACCAAUUAACCAAUUAAGUAAUAAUUCCGUAAGACUUUAUGGACUACCUACUACAUGCAUGGCUUGACAUGGCGCAGGAGGCUAAGAACCAAAGAUGGAAAAGACACAGCUUCCAGUCCAGCAAUAGAGACAGGCCUUGAGCAGGAACGUAUUUCAUAUACACCCCCCGAGAGCCCGGUGCCCAGUUACGCUUCCUCGACGCCGCUUCAUGUGCCAGUGCCCCGAGCGCUCAGGAUGGAGGAAGACUCGAUCCGCCUGCCCGCGCAUCUGCGCUUGCAGCCAAUGUACUGGAGCAGAGAUGACGUAGCCCAGUGGCUCAAGUGGGCUGAAAAUGAGUUUUCUCUGAGGCCAAUUGACAGUAACACAUUUGAGAUGAAUGGCAAAGCUCUCCUGCUCCUGACCAAAGAGGACUUUCGCUACCGGUCUCCUCAUUCAGGUGAUGUGCUCUAUGAACUCCUUCAGCAUAUUCUGAAGCAGAGAAAACCUCGGAUUCUUUUCUCACCGUUCUUCCACCCCGGAAACUCCAUACACACACAGCCGGAAGUCAUCCUGCACCAGAACCACGAAGAAGAUAACUGUGUCCAGAGGACCCCGAGGCCGUCCGUGGAGAAUGUACACCACAACCCUCCCACCAUUGAACUGUUGCACCGUUCCAGGUCACCUAUCACGACGAACCACCGGCCUUCUCCCGACCCCGAGCAGCGGCCCCUCCGGUCCCCCCUGGACAACAUGAUCCGCCGCCUCUCCCCGGCCGAGAGGGCCCAGGGGCCGAGGCUCCACCAGGAGAACAACCACCAGGAGUCCUACCCCCUGUCAGUGUCUCCCAUGGAGAAUAAUCACUGCCCGCCGUCCUCUGAGCCCCACCAGAAGCCCUCCAGCCCCCGGCAGGAGAGCACGCGGGUGAUCCAGCUGAUGCCCAGUCCCAUCAUGCACCCUCUGAUCCUGAACCCCCGGCACUCCGUGGAUUUCAAGCAGUCCCGGCUCUCCGAGGACGGGCUGCACCGGGAAGGGAAACCCAUCAACCUCUCCCAUCGGGAAGACCUGGCGUACAUGAACCACAUCAUGGUCUCCGUCUCCCCGCCCGAGGAGCACGCCAUGCCCAUCGGGAGGAUAGCAGACUGUAGACUGCUUUGGGAUUACGUCUAUCAGUUGCUUUCUGACAGCCGGUACGAAAACUUCAUCCGAUGGGAGGACAAAGAAUCCAAAAUAUUCCGGAUAGUGGAUCCCAAUGGACUGGCUCGACUGUGGGGAAACCAUAAGAACAGAACAAACAUGACCUAUGAGAAAAUGUCCAGAGCCCUGCGCCACUACUACAAACUAAACAUUAUCAGGAAGGAGCCAGGACAAAGGCUUUUGUUCAGGUUUAUGAAAACCCCGGAUGAAAUCAUGAGUGGCCGAACAGACCGUCUGGAGCACCUUGAGUCCCAGGAGCUGGAUGAACAAAUAUACCAAGAAGAUGAGUGUUGAAGGGACCAGUCCCCGGUCCAGCGGGCCCAUAGCCAAGGGCGCCCUGCCCUUCAGCAUGGCUGGGGCGUGAUGGAGCGGAAGGGAAGAGACCCGGACAUGGCAGUGACACUUCUCUUGCCCCACGUGAGGGACCCCGGAGCACCUUAGACAAACCACUCGGCAAAGGCGGCGCUGGAAUUCUGGCUGAGGGCACCAGCCUGGGACUCAAGUUCAUGGUUCCUUCUCGUUUGGAAUCUCCAUCUGUAAUUCCUCCCCCUUCCCCUCCUCCACCUAUUGUUAGUUUCACGGUGUUUUUGUUUUUCUUUUUUAAGUCCAUGCAGUUUGACUUUUCAUCAUUCAUAUAGGGGAAGACAUCCGAGGUUGUUUUCCUAUGGAAAUAUAUAUCUAUUAUAUAUAUAUAUAUUUUUUUUUUUUUUUUUUUCUUGCAAAUCUCACAAAGUGCAGAAGCCCAGCUGGUCAGGAGAGAGAGCACUUGCAAAAGGGUUCAGGUUCCUCUUGAUCCUGCCACGUGGAUCAGGUUUGUUCCUGUGGGUCUCGGCUGGAA